UAUGCAGAUUAUAAAAAGUAAUUUAUGACAAGACCAAUUUAAACUCUCCAGUCUGUAUACACUGGACACUUCGAAGCAUGAAGUCUACAAUCCCUGUUGUCGGAGCGCUAUUCUUCUCCUUUCUCAUCAUUGUUUCGUACUGGAACUCAAAAGAGAUUACACCGAUGCUAAGUAAAACGCGAGAGGUUUAUCUACAAAAAAGAUCAAAAUCUCAGGCGACGACGGAAAAAGCCAAGCCUCAACGCUUAACUCCAGAAGAGAGACAACGAUCUAGAAAGCAACACGUGAAAGAUUAUUGCAGCAAACAUUCGUUCAAAACCAAUCCAAGCCCCAGGGAAAUUCACAUUGCCGUCGAUGAUGAGUUGAAGUUCCUCUAUUGCAUUGUCCCAAAGGUUGCAUCAUCGACGUGGAAGACAGUUUUUGCUGCCACUCGCAAAUUUCGAAGAAACAUCAAUCGUUGGCAAAUGUGGAAAAUGCUCGCUGAAUACAGCGAAGAGGAAAUAUCUCUGCGCCUGAACACAUACUUUAAGUUUCUUUUUGUGCGAGAGCCAUUGCAACGCUUGCUUUCAGCGUACAAAAAUAAGUUUAUACAAUUACCUAACUAUAGCGCAAAAAUUCGUCAAGUCAUAGUCCAAGAUCUUCGACCGCAGGAUUUUGAUCCAGAUGGGAAAAAUUACGUUACUUUUGCGGAAUUUAUUCAGUAUUUUUCCAAUAAUAUAUCACGCAAUCAACACUGGCGCCAAUUUGAGGAGCUUUGCCAUCCUUGCGUCAUCGACUACGAUUUCAUUGGUCAUUUAGAGACAUUAGAAGGCGAUGCUCCUCUGUUGCUAAAAAAGAUGAGAUUAGACGACCGCGCAAGUUUCCCGCCAGUGCACAAAGCAACAGGCCAAUCAGAAGUGUUGAGGUACUAUUCCCAGAUCCCGCCUCGGUACAUCAAUAAGUUAGGCGAACUAUACCGGAAUGACUUUGAAAUGUUCGGUUAUGAAUAUCUUGGGCCAGUAAAAUCUUAUUUGAAUCAGUCCAAGCAAAAUGUGUAGACGAAAGGUAAAGUAUAGAAAAGCACAUCUGUUGAGCAAGUCUAAGUGCACCUUUUUUUGAAGCAAUCAACCACACGUUAAAAUCUACUGGCAUUCUACCAAAAAUGCUGCACUCUGAUUGGCUCCGAUACUCGUUAUAUAUAUAUACCACAACAGAUAGCGGGUAAAGUCAGCGGCCUGACAAUAUGACGGUGGAUGUAAACAAAAUAAAAUAAAAACAUGAGCCUG